AUGACCAAGUUGACCCGCAAGAAUGUAAAGUUCUUAUGGACAGAUGAUUGUGAAAAAGCUUUCCAGGAGUUAAAGCAGCGGUUGACUACAACUCCGGUGUUAACUAUACCAGUACAAGGGGAAAAGUUAGUUGUGUUUACUGAUGCAAGUGGAAUUAGGUUGGGAUGUGUAUUGAUGCAGCAUCAGAAGGUUAUAUCUUAUGCUUCUCGAUGGUUAAAACCUCAUGAGAGACGAUACCCUACUCAUGACUUAGAUUGGAAAGAACACUUGCCACUGGUGGAGUUUGCUUAUAAUAAUAGCUAUCACUCCAGUAUCAGGAUGAAACCUUUUGAGGCUUUGUAUGGGAGGCCAUGUCGAUCACCUGCUUAUUGGAUGGAGAUAGGAGAUGCGCCGUUGUUGGGGCCAGAGUUGAUGAGAAAGAUUACAGAGAAGGUCUCGUCGAUGAAUAGUAUUAUGCGGUUCGGGAAAAAGGGAAAGUUGGCACCUAGAUUUGUAGAAUCAUAUGAGAUCACUGAGAGGAUUGGUAAUGUGGCUUACAAACUAGCUCUACCACUUACUUUAGCUAUGAUUCACAACGUGUUCCACGUAUCUUUAUUGCGGAAGUGUGUGCAAGACCCUUCCCAAGCAGUAUCACCAGAUGUGUUGGAGAUUAGUGACGGUCUAACAUGA